AUGCUAAAGGAAUUGAAAGGGAACCACACAAGCUCGUUCUUUAGGAGGUAUCUCCCCUUGUUUCCCAAGUCUCGUUACAUAAGAAGGAGCUAUAUACUCGUGCCAUUCUUUGUCGCGAUAAUUUUUUUCCUACAUUACAUCAGCACCACUGACGUAGUGAGACUGCUAACUUUGCAGCUAACCACACCCAAGAUCCCCAUUAGUUCAUUUCGUGUCGACGACGGCGGAGGUCUCGUGAUUUACCCGUCGAAUUUCGACGAAAACACGCCUGGACUUGAGGAGCCGGCGGAAGAGUCGGAGAACCAGAUUGUCCAGUUUAAUGGCGCCACGGGCCCCUUGAGCAGCUAUAUUAGGGACCAGAAAUUCAAACCGCACGAGUUCACCCUUUUCGCAAGCAAAAUCGAGAGUGCCAGUGAAGAAGAAACGCAUUUGCGGAUGGAGGAAGUUUGUCAAGGCAUGAAGAUCAAGAAAAACGUCACCAUCACGCAAAGUAUUCGCUUAAAAGAGGACUGGCCUUUUAUUGUGGGCACGUUGAUCAAACAAGUCAAAAAUGAGCGUGCGUUUCGGGAGUUGCUGGAUUUCUUUCAGGGGAAAUUGCAGAGUUACAUCGAUAAGGAUGAGUUGGAUGAAAAACAUUUUUAUAAAUUUGCCAGUACAAGCGUCUGGCUUGCCAAACACGGCGUGCAUUUGAUGGUUAGCCGUGUUUUGUUUUCACAAACCGCGAAAAAGGACGAUCCGCAAAUCUCGCUUCUUUACGCGCAAUUGUGGGAUGAAAAUUGGAAAGAGUUGAAACGAGUCGAAUUGGUUGUUCCCGUGAUCAACGAGCAUGGUGAGCGGAUCUACGAAAAUAUGGAGUUUCCUCGAUUCAUGCCCAUUCCCUUUUACCACAAUGCCGACAGGACCAAGAAAAGAUGGUACGGGCCAGAAGACACGCGCUUGCUCCUAACCAAGAACGAGUACGGCGACGAAGAGCCAAUAGUGAUCUUUAACAGCUUCCACCGCCAAGUUGUCGAAAUCUCCAACAAGGCCUUGAAUGACGAUGUUGUACGCACCAAGUAUGGAUUCUUUAGAAGCAUGUUUAUGGGGUAUUUGUUUAGGUACCAAAUUGGCAAACAAAACACCGAUGGGCAACAGGACAAGAAAUACGAAAAAGUGAGGUAUAAUAAGGUGGCAGAAUUGCGUAUCGAUGAGCAAAAUAGGCAAAAGACGGAGAAAAACUGGACCCCUUUUAUCAAUCCCUCGGAAAGAUCGACAGCUACUCACUAUGGCGACAAGUACAUGUACAUUGUUUACCAAUGGGACCAUUUGAAAGUGUUGAGGUGCGAGUUGGCCAACCCGGGUCCAACGUCGCGUUGUACCGAAAUAUUCAAGCAAGAUGACACGGCAAUCAGAGUUGGUCCCGUGCGAGGCGGCACCGAGCUCAUCCCCGUGACUCUCAAAAACAAAAAGAAGGUCAACAAGGGCUUGAAACAGGCCUGGAUUGGAUUCUUGAGAGCGCAUUUGAACAGAUGCGGGUGCGGGAAAGCCAUGUACAGGCCAAACUUUAUUGUUCUUGCCCAGCACCAAAACGGCAAUUUCCAAAUCUCGUACUUGUCGUCUUCAAUCUCGAUGAACAUCCCCGUGGUUGGCUGGAAUGACGCCAGUGUCCAGUGCGCUAGACGCGACCCCAACGUUUUGAUCCCCAAUGGAAUCAGUAUGUACGAACCACAAUUGGACUACUUGACGCUCACGUUAUCGGUGGCCGAUAAAGAUGACAAUUUGGUGCAUUUGAAAGGUAUCCAGCAAAUGAUUGAGAAUUUGAACAUGAAAUGGGAUGGAAAUUUGGGUCAAAGCAAGCAAGUCGAGUGCGUUGUGGAUGAGAGUAUUGAUUUCUGCAAGAAGUACGCCGACUUGCAGGAUAGUUUGGGUUUGAGUGAAGACCUGAUUAAUUUGGCCAAACAAGCCGGUAAGAUUAGUGAUAAACCACCCGCUGGAAGCCUGCUCAAUGGAGAAGAAGCAGAAGAAGAAGUAUUUCAAGAAGCAUUUGAAGGAUUAGACGAUGAAGAGGGGAAGAGCCAUCAACAGGAUGAACAUCCAGGCGAAGACAACAGGGAUUCUGAGAAGGCACCGCAGGCCAAAGAAGUAUCGAAACCAAAGCUGGAGAAGGUGAAGGGAAAGGGAAAGCCGGUGGAAAAGGAAGAGGAUGACAAGGGAUCAAGCUGGUGGUGA